CUUCAUGAAUGGAAGCGCGUGCGAUGCUAACCCUCAUGGAUGAUUCCAGCGUCAGUUUUAUUCUAACGACUCGCUUGCAUUUCCAUCUAGCAGGCGUUUGUAGGUCUGGCCAGCAGAGGUUGUAGUCUACCAUGUUUGGUUUAUAGACUUUUAAAGACUGAAAUUGAAGCUCUUAUAGUGGUAUUUUAGGCAUGCACAGUCGAGCAUUUAAAACAGCUGAGAUUCGACUCGCAUUUGCAAUGCCAGUUGCGUGUAAAAUGCUGUUGCUUUCACUUUUUUUGGUUGGAAGAAUGGAAAUUGCGUGUUUUCAAACCACUGACUCCAGCUGAUCGCGCAUCACCGGUUUGGUGAGGAGGAUUGCAUAUGUGCGUUUCUCUGUCAGUGUGCGUCGUUGCACCAAAGACACGGCGUGCAAAUGCAUGUGCGCAGUCCAGUCCAGUUGUUGCAUGCAGCCGAGACACAGAUGGUCUUCAGUGAUACCACAUUCCAGAGCCAUUGUUUAAGGAAGGCAAGCCGGGUUAGAUAAUUGACAGCCACAGCGUGCAUGAGAGAAACCCUUCCCCCAAGUCUGAAACGCACAGACGCACAUGCACACGCAUUGUUCGCAGCACGCGCCCCCUUCUCUUUCUUUAUCCAGCACAUCCCGCCCUCGUGCUCUCUGCGUCUAUGUCUCUCGCCCAUUUUCUCUCUCUCUCCUCUUGUCUGCUUCACCCUAGCAGCAGUGCUCAUGCUCGCCUCCGAUUGGCCGGCGGCCGCUCUUUGUGAGCUAUCGAUGGCGUGACGUCGCGUUAGUGUGUGUAGGUCGGAAAGGAGUAUUCACAUCACGUAUUCUGUUAGCUUUUUCGUUUGGAGAGGGGGGAAGGGGGGAAGAGGAAAAAGAAAGAGAGGGAGGAGGCUAUAGUGCAGCAGUGAUAGCGAUCACACUGCCUUUUAAAAAAAAAAAUGCUUCUGUGUGUAUGUGGUCGAGCCAUGAAUUGGAGGAAGUGAGAGAGAGAGAGAGAGAGGCUGGGAGGGCGAGAGCGAAAGCGUACGAGAGCUAAUGUAAAACAGGAUUAAGAACACAAGAUGGCUUCCUGAAUGGACAGAGACCAGAAAGAGAGAGGGAGAAGAAAAGAAAGAUAAAGAAAGACAGAGCGAGAGAGAGGUGGGGGGGACCCAGAAAUAAUGCUUUGGGUCUUCUGAUGGGGAUACCUCUCGCCACCGACGAGCAAGACGCGAAGGCAGCGAGGCUGAGUAGGUGGAAUAUUUUGAAGACGUAAAAACCCGGUCCAUAAUCCCAAACCUGGCUAAAGAGACUGUUUCUGUGGUGGGUUCAGUGGAUGGCCCCAGAGGAAGAGGCCAGAUGGAAAUUGGGUCCCAUGACCGCCUGGAUGAAGGCGUGUUAAACCAGGAGCUGUCUAAUGGGCUAAGCAAACAUGCAGCAAAUGAAGAAAAUAUCUGUGAUGAAGAAGUCAGAAGCGUGGCCAGGGAGCAACACCAGUACAACUACCACGAGGGAGCUGGAUGUAUUUCCCAGACACCAGGUUGGGUCCCUGAGCAUGCUGGGAAGUCAAAUCCUGAAUCUCAACAGGGUGCUUGGAGUGGCCAAAAUGCCAGUACACCAGUGAAUGAUGUGGAUAUGGAGGAUGCACGAACCCUGGUGGCCUUUUCUGCUACUGUUGGCUCACUGCCACCUUUCACCAACCGUCAACUUUGUCAGACGCCUACAGCUCAGCUGUAUGAAAGGUUUAAUCAGGAAAUGUCUAAUGGAGGUGAGGACGCCAGACAGAAAGGUGUGGAUGGUGAGAUGUACCCCCCUGAAGAUCUAAACACACUUCAGGCAGCACUGAGCAAGGCCCGUCAUGGCCACAAGCCACCUAACUGUGAUUGUGAUGGCCCAGACUGUCCUGACUACCUGGAGUGGCUGGAAAAGCAAAUCAAAAUAGUGGCUAACUCCCAGGAUAAAGGUUCCUGUAAGAUUCCAGGUGCUCUUCCACAGCCGCAUGCACAGCAUCGUCAUGCCCAACCCCAGCCUCAACAAUGUGGAGGUAACCCCUCAUGUGUGCAAGACACAAAUCCACAUCCCCAUGUUAACCAGCCCUCUGCUCCUAGACCCUUUGGCCCACCAGCACCUAUUCCCUGCUCCCCGACUGUUCUGUCCAUAGCCAAGGAAAGAAAUGUUAGCUUGCAAACAGCAAUUGCAAUUGAGGCUCUAACCCAGUUGUCUGCCACUGACCCACAAACUGUUGUUCCUCCAGGCGCCUCUUCACCUGCAAAUCACCAUCAGCAUCUGCCAACCUCCUACCCGCAGAGUAUGCCACAAGUGGUCUCUUCAUCACCUGGUCCUCUUUUUUCCUCCUCUGCUAUGCCACAGUCCAUCCCUCUGGGACAUUAUCCUCAAAAGGAGCUGUCAUGGGAUCAGCAGAGACCUCAGUCUCAGGGUGAGGCCCCUGCACCAAAUAUUUUGUCUAGCCCAUCUCACUAUGCUUCCACAUACCCAUCCUCCAAGUCCCCUUUUGCAAGCAUCCCAUCGACCCUCAAUCCCCGACCCCAGCAGUGGAACCAGGGCACAGCUGGAAGCUGUGAGAAAAGCUCCCCUCGGAACCCAUGGAUGAUGGUGAACACUGAUUCUCAGCCUCGUUUUAUAAACCCAUCCCAAGGCGGUAGCGACCCAGUGUCCGAGCUAAAGCAGCUCCUCGGAGACACCGGCGCAAAGUAUACCAACUCAGCCUUCAAGUUCCCACUCCCUCACCCCAGCUUGCAGGAUGGUCGAAAGGCCAGCCUUACUGGGAUGCUUCACAUCAAGCAGGAGGUGGAUGCAAAGGAGUACCUGGGCUCAGGGUGUGCAGUCGUGGGCCAGGAGGGGUUGGUAAAUGGCCAGCAGCAGUUCCAGGGUCAGCAGUUUUCCCCCACCAUUAGGCACUCAACUCAGGCAGCACUACAGCAGCACCUUCAUCAUAAACGUAACCUCUUCUCUAAUUCCCCUGCCUUCAAUCCGUUAGCCCCCAUGGCUUGUCAGAACCUUCGUAAGUGGUGGCCACAGGCUAUGCCAGAGGGUCCUAUAACCAUCAAACAGGAGCACAAAGAACCCAAAAAGAAAAAGAGCGCUCAGAGUUCUCCUCUUCUCAAGCAGCCAGUGGGUGGGCUUUUUGGUCCACUGGGCACACCUCUUCCAAAACCCAAACAGAUUGUUAUCAAGAAGCAUAAACAGAAAGCUUCCCAACCAUCUUUCCUCCCACAGAAGCAGAUUAUAGUAUCGAAACCUCCCCUCGUUUCCCCAGGAUGUGCACCAUCUCAGCUUGCUCCAUCUCUACUAGGCAUGGAAGCUGGGCUUCCCCCCUCUCAGGUGGCUGAGAGCCACCCAGCUCCAGCUCAAUCUCAGGAAUCCAUUUUGAAUAGCAGUAGUGCACCUAUCUCUGAAAACGCCCUUUCUUCUUUUACCCCCGUGUCAGUCCCAGCACCAUCCACCCAGAAGGUGACAGCUUGCUCAGGCCCAGCUGGGUUAAAUGAUAGCAUCCCAACAACCAGUAUCACACCUCAAACCUCUACAACACAGCAGACUCCUUCUCUGGCUGGCCUCAGUAACCUAGAUCCAAAAUUCGAAGAGCUUAUUCGCCAGUUUGAGGAGGAGUUUGGGGACACCAUUUCCUCAGCUUCUGCAGCAGAGACCCCAGAAAAUGGCCCUGCUCAGCCAGCGGUGACCGAGUCACAACCAAACUCAGGACAAGCCAGACCCGAGUCACCAUCCCCAAAGCAGCCAAAUAACUGCCCUCCAUUUCCCACAAAUGAUUCUGAGCCCAUGGAUGAAGGUCAAAAGGACGUGGCUGAAAGACUGAACGAAAAAACACCAUGGCCAUCUGAGGAGCUCUGUACUAUCAAACAGGAAAGUGAGGAAUGUGAGGUAGACGUGAAACCUUUUGGGCAGCCCCUGUCUGUAGCUCAGGAUGCAUUUCUGGAGCAACAGCACCCCUUCAUCACACCUUUCUCCCCUCCGGCUAAACGUAUAAAGAUUGAGUCAUCUGGUGGCGUGACAGUGGUCUCCACAACUGCAUGUUUGUCUGCAGACAGAGAGAGGGCCGAUUUGAAUACUCCCACCAAGGAUACCUCCCCUUCACUUAAAGGUUUUCUUGAGUCACCAUUGCGCUACUUGGACACUCCCACCAAGAACCUGCUGGAUACACCUGGGAAAGAUACCCAACCUGAGUUUCCCACCUGUGACUGCGUAGAUCAAGUCCUAGAAAAGGACGAGGGUCCAUAUUACAAUCAUUUGGGAUCUGGGCGAGACAUUGCUUCGGUCAGACAACUGAUGGAAGAGAGGUAUGGGGAGAAGGGCGAAGCUAUUCGUAUUGAGAGGGUGGUUUACACAGGGAAAGAAGGAAAGAGCUCUCAGGGAUGUCCUAUCGCUAAGUGGGUGAUUCGUCGCAGCAGUGAUAAGGAGAAAUUGUUAUGCGUUGUGAAGCAACGGCCUGGGCACCACUGUGCCAAUACUGUUAUAGUUGUUGUCAUCCUGUGCUGGGAUGGCGUGCCCCGUGCUCUCGGAGAUAAACUCUACAAAGAAAUAACAGAAGCCCUCAUCAAAUACGGCAACCCCACCAGCCGUCGCUGUGGACUCAAUGACGAUCGAACCUGUGCAUGCCAAGGGAAGGACCCAGAAACCUGUGGAGCUUCCUUCUCUUUUGGCUGCUCCUGGAGCAUGUACUUCAAUGGAUGCAAGUAUGCUCGAAGCAAAACCCCUCGCAAAUUCAGACUGCAUGGAGAGCACCCCGAAGAGGAGGACAAUCUCAGGGAUAACUUCCAAAACUUGGCCACCCAUGUGGCCCCUGUGUAUAAGACGCUGGCUCCCCAGGCCUUCAGUAACCAGUGUUUAAAUGAGAAGAUUGCUUCAGAUUGUCGGUUGGGUUUGAAGGAAGGACGGCCAUUUUCAGGAGUCACUGCAUGCAUGGAUUUCUGUGCUCAUGCUCACAAAGACCAGCAUAACCUCCACAAUGGCUGCACUGUGGUGUGCACUCUUACGAAAGAGGACAAUCGCAGGGUGGGCACAAUCCCAGAAGACGAGCAGCUGCAUGUGCUUCCGCUCUACAAGAUCUCUUCAACCGAUGAAUUCGGAAGUGAGGAGAACCAGCGUCUCAAAAUGCAGACUGGAGCCAUCCAGGUGCUCACUAACUUCCGUCGACAGGUUAGAAAACUUCCAGAACCUGCUAAAUCCUGCCGGCAGCGUCGGUUGGAGGCCAAAAAGGCUGCGUCGGAAAAGAAGAACAGGAAAUUGCAGCUUGUAGAAACCCCAGAGAAGACAAUUAAGAUGGAGAUGCACCACAUGGAGUCACCCCACCCUCAGCAAGGCAAUAAAGCUAUUCCAAAACAGGAGGUGAAACCAACCAUCAAAAAAGAGCCUCUCGACCACUUCCAGCCCUUCAAUGGAGCCAUACGUGGCUACCCAGCACUAGGGAAUGGCAAGGCACCCUGUGAUCUCCGCAGCAUGAACAGUUCGUUCUCAUACCCUGGUAACUAUGCAAGAGGUCGCAUCCCUACCAACGGCCAACCUCCUGCGCAGAGCCCCAUCAAUGGCUUUCACCCCAACCUCCAAGAAAUACGCUAUGGUUAUUACAACUACCCUCCCAGUGCACUUUUUCCUCCUGAGCUCUUGGGAUAUGAUAAUGGAGCCUGGCCCAAAGCUGGAGAAGUCUCUGCCGCACCAUUUGAGCAGAAGCCAGAUGUUCAGUGUCUCCAAGCCAAGCUGGCACAGGCCUAUCCCAGCCGCCCACAGCAACAAAUGGCUGAUGCAUCCAUUCAAGGGUUCCCACACCCUUCCGAGGUUUCCCAGUCUCCUGUUCCACCCAGUCGUACUCCAUCCCUGGAGCAGACACAUCGCUCUACGCCCAUCAUCAAGCAGGAGCCAAUGGAUGUGCCACUGUAUGAUGGCAGAUCGGAUGGGCAAGCUCAAAGCUGCCCCUCCACUCCCAGUACCACACCAAAACCCGAAGGCUGGCCUGGGCACAAACCGAACGGUAGCCUUAUCCAUAAAGGCUGGGAUGGAAACAUCAGACCAGGUCCGACCAAUUCGCCUUUCACUCCGGACAAGCAGAGGCUCCACCAGCAACAUGAACACCCUCAGUAUCUACAGCAGCAACAAUGGAAUUCCUAUUCUUGCCCUAACACUCCAAUGCCAUCCCCUUCCCCAUCUCCAUCCCCAUCCCUGAAAGCAGGUCCAUCACCUGCACCUUCUCCACUCCCGUCCACCCCAAGACAGUGGGGUAGCCCUGCCCCAAGUCCCCAACCUAAAGCAUGGGGUCCUUACGGACCCAUAGGUUACGGUGUUGGUGGCAUAAGGCAAGGCAAUCCUGCUGGUGCUUUCCCCGAUAAAAUGCUCUCACAAGCAGGAGAGAAUUGUGGUUCUGCACCUUUGGGACUCCAGGAGAAAGCCUGGAAAUCUGGUGGCGGCUCAGCAGCAGGGAACACACCAUCUCCAGCUCCCGAGGGACGCUUGUUUCCCGACGCGCUGCAGAAGUCAGAUAAUCAGGUGUGUUGGGACAGCGAGGCAGAGACCCACAGCGAACGUGACCCUGACGAGGAAGAGGUAUGGUCAGACAGCGAACACAACUUCUUGGAUCCCAACAUUGGUGGAGUAGCAGUGGCCCCCGCUCACGGCUCAAUCCUGAUCGAAUGCGCCCGGCGGGAGCUUCAUGCCACCACGCCGCUCAAAAAGCCUGACCGCUCGCACCCGAGCCGCAUAUCCCUGGUCUUCUACCAGCACAAGAACCUGAACCAGCCCUGCCACGGUCUGGCUUUGUGGGAGUCCAAGAUGAAACUCCUAGCCGAGCGAGCGCGACAGCGGCAACAAGAAGCAGCUCUUUUGGGUCUCUCACAGGAAGACAUUAAGGCUUAUGGGAAAAAACGCAAGUGGGCGGCUGGAUCGGCGAGCCCGUCCCCUGGACAAACCAAGGACAAACGUGAGGGUAUAGUGACACGGAUGGCGCCCACACAGCAUACCACCACCAUAGUCACAGUUUCACCCUACCCAUCCACACACCUCACUGGUCCUUACAGUCGAUUUGUGUGAACUCUUGCAGACUGUCGCCCCCUGGAGCCAGAGAUGGGAAUAGAAAUGUUAAGGAUCAUGAAUCUGACUCCUUUACCAUUUGCUUCCCCUCUUCUAGCUCCAACAGCUCUCUCAGGCCACCACAAGGGAGGGAGAAUAGAGGACGGGGCACUUUUUUCACUUUUUUUUUCUUUUACCUCAAAUUUUGGCAGCAGUUUGGGAACUCCCCAAACGGACAUGCUGUCUAUGGUGCUCUUGCUCUCUCCAACGUGGGAGGGAUUUCCAUAGCUACCCCUCCUUAAGUGAAUUUGAUGAUUCUAAUUAUUAUUGCUCUAUUAUCAAUAUUAUUACAAUUGCUAUUGUUACUGUCAACGUUGAUAUUACAGGUAUUGUUAUUAUUAUAUUAUGAAGAUGACUAUUUUUUAUUUUAAUGUUAUUGUUUUUUCAUCAUUGUUAUGUAUAAUUAAUAUUAUGAUUUUUUUUUUGCCCUCUCUUGAAUAAGAGAGACCUCCUUUCUUCAUUCUCGCUUGUGAGAACAAGCUAAUCAGCAUUUUUGUUGCGCUUUUUGCCUCUCCCACCCCCACCAACCUCUCUAUAUGAAUGAAGCGCCUUCACAUCAUUGCAAGUCACAUUUCUGUGAUUGCAUUAAGGCAUCUUUGUGCUAGUCACUGAACGUGUGACCAAGAAAGAGAGGACCAGACACCAGCUUGGGCCUUUCUGUUCGGUGCCACUCUGAUGAAAUCUGUAAAGUUUCUCAUCCCUUCAAAUGGUGCUUCUUUUCUGUCUCAAGUGUCUCUAAUUUUGCCCUCACAAUAUGGAGGCAGGUGCUGGACCUGGGUGCUCUUUAGCAGCAGAUGUCAGUCAUGUUCAGUGACAGGGACCUCGCGGUCCUGGUAAUUGGUUCAGCCUUCUAUCGUGUCACCUGAUUGGUGCUGACUCAUUUGCCUGCAGUUUCAUUGGCCAUUCUUCACUACCCAUGUGACAUUUUCAAGUUCUCUAAGGUGCUGAUAGUGCUAGCAAAAAUCCACCUUAGUUGAACCGCCCUAAAGAGCUGCAGAUAACCCACCGUGGGUCUUAAGCAUUUCCACAAUCCAGACUCGGCUCAAACAGGGAAUUCCAAAAUCAUCAGCCAGUUAUUAUUGGCUUGAAAUUUUGCAAUCUAUUCAUGUGUUCAGAUUGACUGUAGACUAGAGACUUGCACUGCAAAAAAAGAUUUUCUUGCUUAGUAUCUUUGUCUUGUUUUCUAAUAUAAAUCAAAUAUAAAUUUUUAAAAAAUCAAAAUUUUGUUUGUUUUUACAUAAAACAAGCAUAAAUAUCUACCAAUGGGGGAAGAAAAAGGCUCUUGUUUAGCCUUUGAAUUAAGAUUGAGCCAAUUAAGACCCCAUUGUCAGAUAUUUUUGCAUGUUUUAAGCAAAAACUUAAUAUCUAGAGUCAUUUUACUUGUCAUAUGAAUGCAUCUUGAUUCAAGAAUUUUUAGAUAUUUAUACUAGAAAACAAAACAAAUAUACUAAGCAUGAAAAUCUUUUUAUUUUAUUUUAAUUUUUUGCAGUGUAGAGCUACAGUAGGUAAGAAAUGUGUUUUAAUAAUAAUAAUAAUGACUUGCUGCAAAAUUUCCAUUACGGAUGAGUAUCAAUAGAUUUGUAACAUCACUGUAUCUGGUUAGUUUUAGACACACAGGGUAAAAGCUAGAGGGCGACAUGCCUAACUGGUUCCCUUAGAUGCCAGUUCUUGUUUUUAUGUAACACAACCGGCCCUGUGUAAACUGAACACGUCUUCCAUGCCCUGAUUUAUCUGUAGUCACCCAUUUGUGAUGAUGAUGAUGAUUUUAUUCGGAGUGGGAUAUUUUCUUACCCGCUGCUGGUUACACCCACCAGCCUAACGGACAGAGCACAUUUCUUGGAGUUGGUGCUACUAUGAGCCUUUAUGCUCCUGUAAAGUUGCCCCUCUUGUUACAAGCAGCCCUCUUCUCUCUUUUUACCCAGAGAGAUCACCUAUACCUGGAGUUCAUGGUGCUGAUUGGCAAUGCAUAUGGUUUCAGCUCAGUAGUUUGUGCGGGUGCAUGCAUAACUACAUAAUGCACGUGUGUGUGUGUGUGUGUGUGCGUGUGUGUGUGUGUGUGUGUGUGUGUGUGUGUGUGUGUGCGUGUUCGUGGAUUCCUAAACUGGUUCGAAUGUAUGUGAAUGCAUGUCUGUGAGCUACAUACAGAGAGCAAUGCAGGGCUGCUGCUGGUUUACACAGGGCUGUAAGAUGCUUGACACUCACAGAGGAGAUCCUGGUGCUCAUGAAGUGGUCCUAAAGCUCUUUACCUCAUGUUGUACAGACACUGGUCCCAGUCACAACAUGCUACAAACACACGGCGCUACAGACUGCAGGCUUGCUGCCUACAUCCACAUUCGUACCUACUUUUUUAUUCUUAUUUAUUAUAUGAUAAUGAUGAUUAUUGUUAUUGUGAUUGCUGUCGUUUUAUUUUUAAGAUGAUUUUUUUUUUUUUUGUUCAUUUUAGAGAAAUUGUAAAUAUUGAAGAGAGGAUUUUAUAAAAGCACUUUUAAUCUUGAUUUUAAUGAGAAAAAAAAAUAAGAACGGAUUAUUGACAACUUGAAACCUAGUUUUUGUUUUAAUGGAAUUUUAUCGGGAGGGAUAGAAAUGUAAAUAGUUAAAUAUUUAGGUAAGAUUAUUUAACUGGUGAGGGAUGAUGGCCUAAUCAUGAAUGAUUCCUGAAUUUUUAGUCUUCAGUUGUCUGUAUGUCAAGCCGUCAACAACAGACCACAGAGCAGAAUGUUUUGUCGGUCUACUCAAGAUACUGCUGUCCUUUCUUUCGUGAGUACUGUACUUACACCAAUACCUCUGUAUUACCAUCGUCACCGGCUUCCUUCCCCUGCAUCUGAUCCACAUCUAAAACCCAUAAACUAACGGAGAACAAAGAAACGAAUGUGAACAUGUUGACUAAUACGGUUCGCAAGGAUUCAGGACUCACUUUUUUAUUUUUAUUUCUUACGAAAGGGAGUGAAAGUAUCACUUUUACAUGAAAAAUAAAACAUUGGCCAUAGAACCGAAAAGAGUAUCAGGUGUAAACUUGUCGUUUGAAAUGUGACAGCUUUCAGUUCAAAACUCUCGGUAGAUCAUGUAAUUCUAUUUCUUAUUAUUGUUUAUUUGAUUAAAUAUUGUGUGGGGCGAGUCUUACAGAGCUCUGAGUCUGCACUGACAUUAUAGUAUCUAGAUUGUCACUUGUUCUUGGAGAUGUGAGACAUAACCCUGAAGUUUAAAAAGCUGCGUUUCAAGGCCGCUCUUGAAGCCCGGUGCAGUUUUAUUCACCCUAAAUGGCUUUUGAACCAUGGUGCUACCGCAUAGAGUUCACUGUGGAAAAGACUCUUGGCAAACACUGUUGUGCUACAGUUCUUCGGGCUCUUAAAUUGAUAUGUGAACUAGUUUUGAGAGGAAACCUAUAUGGUGCUGAUCAUUUUUAAAUCUUUUUAUGUAGUUAUUUCUGAAACAACAUUUCUGAUGAUCGUGAUUUAAAAAAAAAAAAAGCACUCCAACUGAUCCAGUUUCCCUUUUUAGCCGUCACCCUAAAUAAUUGAAACGGUACUUGAAGAGCAUGUUGGCAGGUAGAGGAAUAGGUACUCUCAUGCUUUUGAUGUGAAUAGACUGUUAAUUUAAUAUUCUGGUGCUACCUGAACUGCCCAGAGAAACCUUUUCACCCAUUCUGAUAGCCACAUUUUGUCAUUUCAUUGGAUAUUCUCAUUUUUCUUCCUUUACUCACAUCUACCUUUUGGCCACGGUGUCACACAAACGCACACACACACAGCACUCACUCACUCACUCGCGCGCGCACACACACACACACACACACACACACACACACACACUCACUCACUCACUCACUCUCUCAUGCGCACGCACGCACACACACACACACACACACACACACACACACACACACACACACACACACACACACAGACACAGACACACACACAGACACACACACACACACACACACACACACACAGACACAGACACACACACACACACACACAACUCUGCCCCUCUAUCAGCACUCACUGUUAAAAGUAUCAAUCAUGCCCAGUUUUAAACAUCAAAAGGACAAAAUGUCUAAAGAGGAAAAAAAAAAAGAAAGAAAAAAAACUGGCAGCUACAUUCCUUUGAGUUAAAGAUUGUUCUUGGUUCUAUUUUUCAUGUUGAGUAUGCAGUAUGUAAAAAGUGUUAUCUUUUGUUUGGUCUCUCUCCUCGUAGCUGUAUGGUGUAUUAUGUGAAUACAUAGUGUAUGUGGUAAAAGCCACAAUACUGUUUUAUGUUCUAAACUAAGAAAAAAAUAAAAAAUAUCAAGAAA